GUACAACAAUACGACAGCAGUCGAAAAGCUGGCGAGCAGAACACAAGGCGGCGCGAACCCUGGGAAUCAUCAUGGGAGCCUUCUUGUUCUGCUGGUUGCCGUUUUUUCUGUGGCAAGUAUCGAACCACCUAUCUGCACUAAAAGGAUUCGUACCUUGCAAAUAUAUACCCCGAAGAACGCAUUUAGGCCGUUCCUAAAAGCCUGCCAGUCCGCAUAUUUUGGAGAGAGGCUGUGAUUCUGAAUAAAUUAUACAUAAAGACGCAUUUAAAUAUAUAUUCUAGUUAUCUGCAUAACACACACCAUCGUAGGGUGACAUUUGUCUGAAAGAGAAGGGUUUACCCUCCCAGAUUUAAAAGGCACUUCUGCUUCCCUUUGG